UGAUUGGUAAUGAUGAAAAGCAAUCCCUUUUCUCUCCUUUUCCUUUGCUCUCUCUUGGCAAACCUUUGCAGCCUUUAGACUUUGGCUUUGCCAUCUCACUUUACCCAUACCUUAUACCUAGCCAGCCAGCCAGCAAAGCUCAACAUCUCUCUCAACUGUGUCUCUUCACCUCAUUUCUUGAUAACCCCAUAAGAGAUUUGGAGUGUUAAGUUUCAAUCAUGAAGAGGUUCACCUUUUCUGAUUCUUCAACAACUUUGCUCUAUCCACACAAAGGUGAGUUUGUGGGGGGAAUGCUGGAAGGAUUGGAAUAUGAGGAAAGCAUGGAAGAGAUGAAUGUGAAGAAGAAGAGACUAAGUGCAGAACAAGUGAAGGCACUGGAACAAGUGUUUGAAGAAGACAGGCAACUUGACCCUGAGAGGAAGGUAAAGAUAGCACAAGAGACAGGGCUCCAGCCAAAGCAGGUAGCCAUAUGGUUCCAAAACCGCCGCGCCCGCCAUAAAACUAAGCAGAUGGAGAGGGACUACACCCUCCUCAAGGCUAACUAUGAAGCUCUUCACCUCAAUUAUACCAAAGUUGAACAAGAAAAAGAAGGCUUGAUUGCAGAGCUAAAAGGGCUAAAACAGAAGAUUGGAGAAGAAAAUAAUGCAGGGCUCCAUCACUCUGCUAAAGAACCUAUUACUAUCAAUUUAGGUUCCCAAAACCAAGAGCACAGAACAACCAAUUAUGCAGCAGCCUAUAAUACCUCCCAACUUUCACCAGAUAGUGAUGAUUCAAGUGGAGUCUUGAACAACAAUGAAGAUUGCAGCCUCAAUAUUCUGCAGUUAAUGCACAAAAUCUCAACCGUUGAUCAACGGUCGGAUUUCGCCAACGUGGAGGAUCGAUCUGGGGGCCUUGGCUGCACAGAGGAUUCUUGCAACAUCUUCUGUGUUGAUGAGGCACCUGAUGAGUUUUAUUGGUAAUGUAGUGAGCAUGCAGAGAAAUUAAAGUAGAGGUUAUUUAGCAGUUCAUAAUGGCAAUUCAAUAAAUUUAGCAUUUCUAGUAUUAAGCCAUCAAGAAGCUUAUGUUCAAGAGUUUAUUAGUUUCAAUGCUAAACUUUGGUUAACUUUUUACUAUUUAGAUUAAUACAAAUUAUACAUA